GCGCAUGCGUACAAGCUCCGAGCAGCGGUUGGAUGGACCCAGAGGGGGAGCUUGUCCUGUGGCCCUCCGGACUGCGUCCGUCGCGCUCGGGUUUCGGCCGCGCCGGCUGUAGAGGCGAGUGGGCAGGAGAGCAGAGCCCGUUAGGCAGCUGGCUCUUGCCGCGGUGGAGGGCCCCAGGAGUCGUCGUCCCUUCCACCGAGGCACAAGCUCUGCUCCUCAGAUGGAGCCAGAAACAGAUGCUCAGGAAGAAAAACAACACUGGAAAAACACAGCGAGACGAUCCACUCAAAGCCCACGAGAGGAUAACUUUGAAGGCCCUUCCUCUUCUUUUAAGAAGCUAUGUCCUGCCAAACCCUCCCCCAGCUUUCUUGAGCUUCCAUCUUCCCAACGGAGGCCCAGCCCAAGUCUGCCCUGUGCCCAGGCUGCAAGGAUAUGGAAAGGACAGAAAAAAUUCACCCCUGAUCAUCAGCCACAGGAAUGCUACGGCCUACUGGAGUGUAUGCACAACAACAUCCAGAUCCAAACCCAGAUCGCUCUGGCACAGUUGAGCAUCCUGGAAGGCUUGCAGGAAUCCAUGAGCUUGCUUCUGGCUAGCAACGAAGAGAAGGGGAAGGAGCAGAGAGACCAGAAGGGCCUGCAAAGCUCAGCCUCCUCCCCCACCUAACAUAUCCAUAGGUUUGGUGGCUAGCUUUGCUUCCCAUAGUCUCAUCCCUGUGGCUUCAUCUCCUUUGCGUUCACUCUGGCACUGGCUAUCAAGUGUAUGGCGACAGGAUUGGGAUUUGUGUUACCAUGACAACUGAUACGGCUACGCUAGCGGUGCUGCUUGGAAGUAAAACUAUUGUAAAUA